CUAAAAACAGUUCUCAGUCUGCAGUGUUGAUACUCGGAAAUGGAUUUACAUGAAUGUCUUUAGUAGGAAUAUGUCUCUGACUGUGUAUAUAAGAGGAUGCUCAGAUGUUAUUCUGGACACAACAGCUCUGAGAUCUUCAAGCUCUACAGAACUUCUACAGAUUCUUUCUGUCAGUGUGAAGAAACAUCUCGAAGAAUGAGAAGCCUGAUGUGUUUGCUGUUCCUGGUGAUCUUCUGCUCUGUGCAGAUGACUUCAAGCGCUAACCCGGCAAUUGAAGCGACAAACUCAAACUGUUGUGGAGAGUUCAGUAAAGUGAAGGUUCCUGUGAAUAAAGUGGUGUCUUACUAUUGGACCAGCAGCAUCUGUGCCAGACGCGCUAUUGUGUUUAAGACAAUUUCAGGGAGAGAGUUCUGCAUUGAUCCAAAGACUGCCUGGGUGAAGAGUCAUAUUGAUCAAGUGGACAAAAGAACAACUGUUACAGAAUCUAAUGCUACAAAAACAACUGUUACAGAAUCUAAUGCUACAACAACAACAAAUGCUACAAAAACAUCUGCUACAGAAUCAGCUUCUGCUGCAUUGACAACUGCUACUACAGAAAAGACACAGAGCCUUACAGUUUAAAAGAAGCUACACGGUUUCUAUUUGAUCUCUGUAUUUCAUAAUGUAUAUACAACCAUAUUUCUGAUCUGUAUAUGAAUAUAUACUCUCCAAAUAAUGUAUUUAAAU